AUGAGUCAAGUGAAUGGUAAGUUAUCAAGUCGAGUCAUGAACAUGAAGUUCAUGAGAUUCGCGAAGGAUGAAAACGAUAAUAUACCGAAAGAUGCAGAAGCUAAGAGACCGCAAAUACCUGACAGCUCUCAAUGGAGUUUCAAAGACAAUGCUACUUAUCCCGACAAGCAGAAUGUUAAAGUGAAAAAGUCAUGGAAGACCAAGGCCAAGAUAAUUAGAAGUAAUGUUUCCAUGACAGAAAUAAAAGAUUGUAGGAAUCCUGUAGUGAGAGGUAGACGAGUAAUAGGCGGUAACGAUGCACUAGAAGAGAACCAAAAAAAAAGAGAGCUUCCCAAAGAUAACGAUGACGAUGAUGAAGAUGACUACGAUUUGGAUAGGAUAUUUAAAAGAGUAAAAAGCAAUAAAAAAGAUGCAAAAUGA